GGAGCCGCAAGCUGCUCUCUGAGCUUCAGUGAGACUAUAAGAGAGCCGGAGAGACGGAGAGCCUCACAGACAGACGGAGAGAGAGACACACACACGCCGCUCACGGACCACAAACACAGGGAAGCGCAGACAUGAACGCAGCUCCUCCUGCAGGAAGUGCUCUGGCCACGCCUGCCAGCACCGCCGGACCCACCACACCCAAGAAAGGGCCGCCCAAAUUCAAGCAGAGACAGACACGCACCUUCAAGAGCAAGGCCCCCAAGCCCGGGCAGAAAGGGUUUGGUGAUGAUAUUCCUGGUAUGGAGGGUCUCGGCACAGACAUCACUGUGGUGUGCCCAUGGGAAGCGUUUGGAGACAUGGAGCUCAGCGAUCUGGCCAAAUACGGCAUUAUCUAAGCCCCGCCUCCCCCCCAUCCCGUGGCCCCACCCCUUUUGCUCAAUGUUGUCGUGAGGUUAUGAUGUAUGAUGGUAAAGGACUGACUCAACGCAUGGAUACUGUCAUUAUUGAUAUGAUUGUUAUUGUUAUUAUUAUUAUAUAAUAUUUUAUAUUUUGUAUAUGCUGCGAUAAGACGACAUCUUAUCCCCUCCCGCUCCCCAGCUGUCAAUCAACAUCCUGAAAGCUAGUCAUCAGGGUUAAGACACACCCCUAGCUACGACUCCGCCGUUAUUACAGAAGGUGUGUUUCCUGUAGCAGCGAUGACUGAUGACAUCACUUCCUCUGUCUCGUAGAGCCUGUCCUAUGAACACAUUUAUAUUAUUAAAUGUGUCGUGUGAUUACCGGAGUAGAAAUCCAAUUAAAUUUUCUAUUUUCACUAA